AUGGCCACAUCUAAGAAGAGGACUAGGAAGCUAAGAGGACACGUUAGCCAUGGUCACGGUCGUAUUGGCAAACACCGUAAGCAUCCCGGUGGUCGCGGUAACGCAGGUGGUGAACAUCACCACAGGAUUAACAUGGACAAAUACCAUCCCGGCUACUUUGGCAAGCUGGGUAUGAGAAACUACCACUUGAGACGGAACAAAGAGUUUUGCCCUGUAUUGAACCUGGAUAAGCUAUGGACAUUAGUGUCGGAGCAGACUAGGCUCAAAUAUGCUAAUGUUACUGAUGGCAAAGUGCCUGUUAUUAACAUCGUCAAGGCUGGAUACUAUAAACUAUUAGGCAAAGGCAAGCUCCCAAAACAGCCUGUUAUUGUCAAAGCAAAAUUCUUCUCAAAGACUGCUGAGAAGAAAAUCAAGGAUGUGGGAGGAGUGUGUGUAUUGUCAGCGUAA